AUGGCGGAGGAAGCAGAAAGAGCCGUGGGGGAAUUUGGCCCCCCAGUGGCAACUCCCUCAGCGAUCCGACGUCCUGCUAUUGCAGCCAACAAUUUUGAGAUCAAACCAGCCAUGAUCACCAUGCUGCAGAAUUCAUCUGUAUUUUGUGGUCUACCGAAUGAAGAUCCCAACAUCCAUCUUGCGAUAUUUUUGGAGAUUUGUGAUACGUCCAAGUUCAAUGGAGUAACUGACGAUGCGAUUCGUUUAAGGCUUUUCCCCUUCUCCUUGAAAGAUAAAGCCAAGCUUUGGUUACUGUCACAGCCACAAGACUCCAUCCGUACUUGGGAUGAUUUAUCUAAGAAAUUCCUUGCUAAAUUUUUCCCACCAGCCAAAACUGCAAAAUUCCGACAAGAUAUCAUGUCAUUCGCUCAAUAUGAUAAGGAACCUCUAUAUGAAGCCUGGGAACGAUUCAAAGACUUAUUGCGCAAGUGUCCUCACCAUGAGCUACCAACCUGGAUUCAAGUUCAGACCUUCUACAAUGGGUUGAGUCAAACAAGCAGGACACUAGUUGAUGCAGCUGCUGGAGGGGCUUUAAUGGCAAAAACGGCUACCGAAGCAUUUGAAUUAUUGGAGACCAUGGCAUCCAACAACUACCAAUGGCCAAGUGAGAGAAUGAAUCUGAAGCCAGCUGGGGUCUUGGAAGUCGAUGCUAUGGCUUUGCUAACAGCACAAAUUUCUAACCUUACUAAAAAAGUUGAUUCUUUAAGUGUUAAUUCUAUAAACACUAGUACUAAUUUUGGUUGUGAACUUUGUGCAGGCCCUCAUCCAAGUUCAGAGUGUACCACAGGGAACCCAUUUGCGUCUGCUGAGCAAGUCAAUCAGGUUGGAGAAUUGAAUCGACAAAGGAAUAAUCCUUAUUCCAAUACAUACAACCCCGGUUGGCGAAACCAUCCAAAUUUUUCAUGGAGCAAUACUCAGAAUGUGCAAAGACCACCACCUGGCUUUCCGGCUCAAGAGAAGAAAAUAAAUUUGGAAGAUGCUCUUACUCAGUUGACUAUGUCUACCACCCAAUUCAUGACUGAAACAAAAACUCAAUUUCAGAAUCAGCAAGCUUCUAUUCAGAAUUUGGAGGUGCAAGUUGGCCAAUUAGCUAAUGUCAUAAGUGGAAGAAACCAAGGAGUAUUUCCAAGCCAACCUGAAGUUAACCCGAAAAAUCAAGAACAAGCAAAGGCAAUCACUCUUCGCAAAGGGAAGCAAGUAAAUACAGCGAUCGACUUGGAAAAAGAAGCAUUAGAGAAAGAAAAAGAAGCUAAGAAGUUUGCGGCAGAAAUGGGGCAUGCAUUUUCACCACCAAUCACCACCACAGAAAAAUCCCAAGAAGAAGAAAAUUCUAUACCAAUUCCUUCUCUUCAAUUGAAGCCAUAUGUCCCACAAAUCCCUUUUCCACAGAGGUUGAGAAAAAAUAAAGUUGAUGGGCAGUUUGCAAAAUUCUUGGAGAUGUUCAGAAAGUUACAGAUCAACAUUCCUUUUGCUGAAGCUUUGGAACAAAUGCCAAGUUAUGCAAAAUUCAUGAAAGACAUUCUCUCCAAGAAGAGGAAAUUUGGAGAGCACGAGAAAAUCCAACUAACAGAAGAGUGCAGUGCCAUCUUACAACGGAAGCUUCCACCAAAACAAAAAGAUAGAGGGAGUUUUAAAAUUCCAUGCACUAUUGGAAAUAAUUUCUUUGAAAGAGCUUUAUGUGAUUUGGGUUCUAGCAUUAACUUACUACCUUUAUCUGUUGCUAAAAAGAUUGGUAUUGGUGAAAUUAAACCCACUACUGUUUCUUUGCAGAUGGCGGACAGGUCAAUCACAUACCCAGAUGGAAUUAUAGAAGAUGUCCUAGUAAAGGUUGAUACACUCAUAUUUCCGGCGGAUUUUCUGGUUUUGGAUAUGGAAGAAGAUUCUGACACGCAGCUAAUUUUGGGCCGCCCAUUCCUGAUUACUUCACGCACUCUGAUUGACGUAGAAGAAGGCUUACUAACUUUGAGAGUUGGGAAUGAACAAGCGACAUUCAAAGUUUUUGAAGCAAUUAAAUUUCCAAGAGAAGCGGAGGAUUGUUUUCACAUAGAAUUAAUAGAUGAAAUUGCUUCAGACACAUUUAAAAAGGAGAAUCCGAGCCAUCCAUUGGAAUCUACAUUGGUCCAUGCUGCUACCUCCCAAGAUGACAACCCCAUGGUUGCUGAAUAUGCCUUAUAUUUGGAUGCAUCACAACCAUACCAUCCAAGGCAAAGGAAUCAGUUCGAACCACUAGGAGCAGCACCUCCUAAGGCUGCACCUUCUGUAAUUGCUGCACCUACACUCACUCUGAAGCCAUUGCCAACACAUUUGAGGUAUGCUUAUUUGGGAACUUCUGAAACUUUACCAGUUAUUAUUGCUGCAAAUUUGAGUGAAACUGAAGAAGAAAAAGUAUUACGGGUUUUGAGAAAACAUAAAACUGCAAUUGGGUGGACAAUCGCUGACAUCAAGGGUAUUAGCCCUUCUAUGUGUAUGCACCGAAUACUAAUGGAAGAGGAGCAUAAGCCAUCUGUGGAGCAUCAACGCCGAUUGAACCCCAACAUGAAAGAAGUGGUUCGUGCAGAGGUAUUAAAAUUGCUUGAUGCAGGUAUUAUUUACCCUAUAUCUGAUAGUAGUUGGGUAAGUCCUACACAGGUUGUGCCAAAGAAAGGAGGGAUGACUGUUGUAAAAAAUGAAAAUAAUGAGUUAGUCCCAACAAGAACUGUUACAGGAUGGAGAGUUGACCGUGCAAAAAUUGAGACCAUAGAAAAGCUACCACCCCCUUCUACAGUGAAAGGAAUUCGAAGCUUCUUGGGACAUGCUGGGUUUUAUCGUCGAUUUAUUAAGGAUUUCUCAAAAAUUACAAAGCCUCUUUGCAAGUUGUUAUUGAAGGAUUCUGAAUUCAACUUCGAUUCAGACUGUUUGGAGGCAUUUAAUUUAUUGAAGAAAAAGCUCACCACUGCACCAGUCAUUAUGGCACCUGAUUGGGAAUUACCAUUCGAGAUUAUGUGUGAUGCCAGUGAUUAUGCUAUUGGAGCUGUCUUGGGUCAAAGGAAGAAUAAAUUACUACAUGUAAUUCACUAUGCAAGUCGUACAUUGAAUGAUGCUCAACUGAACUAUGCCACUACGGAAAAGGAAUUGUUAGCAGUGGUAUUUGCAUUGGAUAAAUUUCGUUCUUACCUAUUGGGUGCGAAGGUAAUUGUGUAUACGGAUCAUGCAGCUUUAAAAUUUUUGCUCGCCAAGAAGGAAGCAAAACCAAGACUAAUUCGAUGGGUUUUAUUACUUCAAGAGUUUGAUAUUGAAAUUCGAGAUAAAAAAGGGUCUGAGAAUGUGGUGGCCGACCACCUCUCUCGGCUAGUCCGUGAGGAUGAAGUUAUAGAAGAUGUUGGGCCUAUCCUAGAGACAUUCCCGGAUGAGCAAUUAUUUUCCAUCAACUCUGAGAAAGAAUUCAUCACUCCCUGGUAUGCAGAUUUUGUAAAUUACCUAGCUUGUGGUAUUCUUCCCCCUCAUAUGUCUUUUUAUCAGAAAAAGAAAUUCCUAUCAUUGAUUAAACAUUAUUAUUGGGAUGAUCCUUAUUUGUGGAAGCACGGUCCUGACCAAAUUAUACGAAGAUGUGUACCUGAGACAGAGAUGGCUGACAUAUUAUUGCAUUGUCAUACUUUGGCAUGUGGAGGCCAUUAUGGUGCUUCCAAGACUACGGCCAAGGUUCUACAAUCUGGAUUUUUCUGGCCUACUUUGUUUAAAGAUGCUCAAGACUUUGUUGCAAGGUGUGAUCCUUGCCAACGUACAGGAAAUAUCUCUAGUCGAACCCAAAUGCCCUUGAAUAAUAUUUUGGAGGUGGAAUUGUUUGAUGUUUGGGGUAUUGACUUCAUGGGUCCGUUUCCGGCAUCAUAUGGGAAUUUGUAUAUUUUGGUUGCAGUGGAUUAUGUAUCCAAAUGGGUCGAAGCAACUGCCCUACCCACGAAUGACGCCAAGGUUGUGGUCAGAUUUCUACGAAAGAAUAUUUUUACAAGAUUUGGGGUCCCUCGUGCAAUUAUUAGUGAUGGAGGUACGCAUUUUUGCAAUCGUCAAUUUAAUUCCCUUCUUGCAAAAUAUGGCAUCACCCAUAAAGUGUCUACUCCCUACCAUCCGCAAACUAGUGGGCAAGUUGAAGUUUCGAAUAGGGAAUUGAAGAAAAUCUUGGAAAAGACGGUGAGUGCCUCUAGGAAAGAUUGGUCAUUAAAAUUGGAUGAUGCACUAUGGGCUUAUAGAACGGCGUUCAAAGCGCCAAUUGGGAUGUCACCAUAUAGACUUGUUUUUGGGAAAGCAUGCCACCUUCCGGUGGAAUUGGAGCAUAAAGCGUUUUGGGCUAUUAAAACACUCAAUUUUGACAUGAGUUCAGCAGGGGAGAAGAGGAAGUUACAAUUGAAUGAGCUAGAGGAACUUCGAAAUGAAUCGUAUGAGAAUGCGAAAAUUUACAAGGACCGUACAAAGAAGUGGCAUGACAAGCACAUCUUGAAGAAGGAAUUUUAUGUGGGUCAAAGCGUUCUCCUCUACAACUCACGGUUGAAACUUUUUCCUGGGAAACUUCGCUCUCGUUGGUCUGGGCCAUUCACGGUGUUAACAGUGUAUCCUUAUGGGACGAUUGAAAUCAAGAACGAUCGUGACGGUACAACUUUCAAAGUUAAUGGCCAUCGACUCAAACCUUAUGUGACAGCCGCAUUUCUUGAGGAGGAGAGCACCGUCCUACUCGAUGAUCCCAAGUAAACGCAUCCAA